UUUAUAAUUAACUCCAUGAAAAUCAACUGAAAAUGAUUUCCAACGAUUCGGAAAAGGAACCGUUGAUUUCACUUAGGGAGCAUCGGAGAUACGCCAUUGAACCAAACAGUAACGGAAACGGUGAGGUAACACCUUUGGCAUCAUCCGAAAGGAUAACGUAUUCGUGGAGUAACAUUAACGUUUUCGCCCCGUCGUCCGUCGCUCCGAAGGGCGGAUUUCUUAAUUCGUUAUUGGAGGGAACUCGGCCACCGCCAUGUGAAGGGAAGCAGAUUUUGAAAAAUGUGAGUGGAAUAGCCCGAACCGGUGAGCUGCUCGCAAUAAUGGGUUCAAGCGGAGCUGGCAAAACGACGCUGAUGGACGUGCUAACGUCGCGAUCUUCCGCCCGUCUCCAAGUUACCGGACUGCUCUGCGCGAACGGAGUGCCGGUCUCUUCCGACGAACUCAUCAGCAAACAGGCGUACGUACAACAGGAGGACCUCUUCAUCGGAACCUUAACGGUUAAGGAGCACCUGAUCUUCCAGGCACUACUGCGUAUGGACAAGCACGUGACGUUAAAUCAAAGAAUCGAAAGGGUCAACGCGGUCAUAGUCGAACUGGGACUGUCAAAAUGCGAAAAUACGCAGAUAGGUGAUAGGUUUCGGAUUCGAGGUAUAUCAGGUGGUGAGAUGAAGAGGUUGUCUUUUGCCGCUGAAGUGAUUACAAAUCCCUCGUUGAUGUUUUGCGAUGAACCGACGUCAGGUUUGGAUUCGCACAUGGCUGCAAAUAUAGUAAACGUUUUAAAGAAACUGGCGAGAUUGGGGAAGACGAUCGUUUGUACCAUACAUCAACCGUCUUCGCAAUUGUUCUCCCUGUUUGAUAAAAUCUUGUUGGUUUCCGAAGGUCGGGUUGCGUUUCUAGGUACACGAAGCGACGCAGAAUCCUUCUUUGCAUCGAUCGAUCUCCCGUGCCCGCCAAAUUACAAUCCCGCUGAUCAUUACGUGCAAAGCUUGGCAGUAGCCCCAGGCCGGGAGCAAUCUUGCAGGGAGGCUAUAACUAUGAUUUGUGACGAGUUUGAAAAGUCCGACCUUGGUGUACAGCUUGCUGCUGACACAGCCGCAACGGUGGAUGAUGCUAGUGUCACUAUCACUAGGGGUAGGAAGACAGUACCUUACAAGGUGUCGUGGUGUGCCCAAAUGCACGCCGUUAUAUGGAGGUCCUGGAUCACCAUUUUCAAAAACCCUUCAUACGUUGGACUGAAGAUAGGGCAAACCAUUCUUAUAGCGAUUCUUGUUUCACUCAUCUAUGCUGGGCAAACUCUAACGGAAGAAGGCGUGAUGAGUAUAAAUGGCGUGAUGUACAUCUUCCUAAGCAACAUGACCUUCGAGAACUUAUUCUCCGCUGUUCUUGUCUUUUGUACGGAAAUGCCACUUUUCAUACGUGACCAUAGGCGAGGCAUGUACAGAAGCGACGUUUAUUUCCUAAGCAAGAAUAUCGUCGAUUUGCCCUUGUUCAUAUUAUCUCCGGUGCUCACGAUAGCCAUUUGCUACUAUUGCAUCGGUCUCAAUCCACUUCCGGACAAAUUCUUUACCACUCUGGGAAUUACGAUUUUGGCCAUCAAUGCCUCCGUGAGUUUUGGUUAUAUGAUUUCGUGUCUAAGUGAAAAGGUUGAUGUGUCUAUUAGUAUUGCGGCGGUAAUUACGAUGCCCGCCAUGCUUUUGUCUGGAUACUACAUUAAUUUUGGUUCAAUGCCGAAGUACUUGCGAUGGAUUUCAUAUUUCUCUUGGAUUCGUUACGGUUAUGAGUGCCUAAUGACCAACCAGUGGACAGGGAUUGACCACAUCAAUUGCAAUGGUACCAGCACCUGCCCAGAAAAUGGCCAAAUGGUUCUCGACACGUACGCAUUUUCUGCUGACCACACCAUGGCGAAUAUUGGAGCCCUUUUAGGUUUACUUUUUGGAUUCAGAAUAUUGGCGUAUAUAUUCUUGUUACUGAAAACUUAUACUGUAGACUAAAAUUGAUUUCGCUG